AUGGUUCAGUUGGAUCUGGAGACUCAUUUCGCCAUGGGCCAAAGACCUGAAUUGUUACAUGAGGAUAUCAGACACUAUGAGGAUAGCAGACACUGGACUGAACCUGACACGAUGGUGCAAAACCGGAUGAGUGGAGACACCGUAUGGGUCCGGAGCUGCAUUAUAAGGCCCCAAUGCAAUGGUCCAGAGCUGAGGCAGAACAGAGAGAGGAGGGCAGAUCCCCGCAGUAAGGAGAGGGAGUUGAGGGAGGGGAGCGGGAGAAGAAGAAGGAGAGGCGACCUUGCUCGCUGCAACGAAGAAGGGAGGCGGAGACCGCAGUCAUGGCAGAACAAAGAGGAAGGAAGGGAGCGGCCCGGCGGCAGCACCGAGGCAGGGCGCAGCGGCGCCCUGCGAGGCCUGGCCGCGCCGGUCGGCAAGCGGAGGGCGCAGGCGGGGCAGCGUCGCACAGUGGGCGGAGGCGGCAGGAGCGGGGAGGCAGCGGCGGAGGCUCGAGGCAGGUUUCUUUUCUUUCGUUGGGGGCUGGUGGGCGAUGCGGACGCGUGGAUAGGGCUAUUGGGGCGCGCGCUCGACGGUGGCAGGCAUCACGCGGCUGGACGGCUGAUCGGACGGUCAGGCGAGGAAGACUGUGGAUGA